AUGGUCCUUGAUUCCUCUCGAUUUCUCGAUCAAUAUGGACAAAAAGACGACGAAAGUCUCGACAGAGAUGGGUAUCACAAAGAGACUCCUGCACAGUUUACAAAUGUCCAAGCCGGAGACUUGAAAGGUAGCUCUGCCUAUGAUGCCGUGUUUGGCGAGCUCACGCAAGACGGGCCUAAGUAUCGCAGUGUGAUUCAUCUGACCCUUUCCUUGGUACUUUCUGGGAAACGUGGGCUUGACAACUGUAUGUCAGGUUGGGUGGCUGGGCACCACUGCCUUGAUGCUCAAGACCCAGAUCGGCCUGGACUUUCUAUCACUUCCGUUUUUCAUACGCUAAUGGUGGUGCCAGGGUCCAUUCUACUCUGUGUGGUGACAGAAAUAGCAAUCUGGACCAGUUACGUGGUCGGCAUCUUCAACCUGAAGCACCAGGAGGUGUACGGCAUAGAUGAUGCAGCGGGGUUGAUGUUUGGAAGACCUGGACGGGAGCUGUAUGAAGCUAUCUUCUGGCUUUAUUGGAUAUUCAAUGGCGGUUCCGGCAUCCUGGGUAUAUCGAUUGGCCUGAACGCAGUCUCAGACCAUGCUGCCUGCAUCGCUGUCUUUGUCGUUGUAUCUGCCAUAAUUGGAUUCAGCUUUGGCAGUAUUCGCACUCUAGCCCGGAUGACCUGGCUGGUUGCAUGUGGUUUUACGACAACUGGAAAUCGACUGACAGAAUUGGAUAUGGGUUAUCUGGCAUGCUGGAACGUUCUCUUGAUUGUUGUUGGAAUGCUUUUGACCGUCGGUGGCACUUACGGCUCAAUUAUUUCGAUCAUCAACUCCCUCAAGGCUGGGGGAGCUACGGGGCCCUUGGCAUGUGCAGACAAUUCCAGCUCUUAG